GGCCAGUUUUCUGCUGCGUCACGUGUUAUUUCGGAUGGGCUGUGGAAUCAAAUCCGGGUUGAAACGAAGUGACUUGAGAAAAAAUGGCCGAGAAGAAGAAAGGUGAGAAACAAGCUAGCAACAAAUAUUUGAAAUAUAAUAAAUAAUUUAAAUAGAUUGAUCUAGGUAACUAUCCACAAAAUUGAGUCUUUAAUCUGAUUGAAAAUAUAAAAAUACUGUCACGCAAACUGCGUGCGUUUGCCUUUCUUUACGUUAAUGCACUUGAACACUGUCCUUCAGAAAGUUAACUAGCAUGUGCAAAAUGUUAUGCUAGCUAACAAUCGCAGUUAGUUAGCUAGAUAGCAAGAGCUCAGUGUGAAAUGCGCAUCAGCGUGCCUUGUUUGCAAGUCACAACGCCUGCUAUUUUGAAAAAUGCUGACUAAAUCCAUGUUGUUCGCAGCUAUAAAUGUAGUUAGCUAGCUUCCAGUGCCCCUGGUUGUGUUGGUUGGUAGUUAGCUAAUUUUAGUAGUUCAGUAGCUGGUUAGCCUAACUACACAACAUUUACUACGACACACACAUUGGGUCAGCAAUAACUUAGUUAUAUAAUACUUGGCAUUACACCUUCCUUAGCUGAUAUGACACUUGACUGGUGUGUCGUAUAGGGGAUAGUGAAGGCCAUGUUAUGGGACCCUGCCUACUUAUUUUGUCCAAUCUUGUAGAAUUACUAACCACUUAGUUUUCUUCUUCGAUGAGGUUUAACGGCGGUUGGCAUCGAUAAAGGGUGCAUUACUGCCACCUACUAGACUGGAGUAUAACUCCCUUGUAAAAAAUCAAAUAAAUAAAUACAUCAACAAAUACCCUACCAUCUAACUUUACACUCACUAAAAACCCACCACCCUACUCCACUAUUCAAAUAUAGUCCUACCUCAGGCCAACAUCCUGAAAGGACGGGACACCACCACACCCUGUAACUCUUCUGACGUCAAGUCUCGUACACCCAAAUACCUCUCUACAGCUGCCACCACAACCUACAUUUUCUGCGACUUACAUUCCAUCCCUGUAGUACAGUUGAUAACCAUUGCUAUAAACGCUAAAAAUCCAAUCUUACUGAAGCAUAUAUUACUUGUUGGCGUAUCCCUCUGUACUGGUACAGAUCUACUACUCACACCACUCCUCUCAGGAUCCCUCCCCCUUGACCUAUCUUCCUCUACUUUCUUCACAACUCUAACCCUGGAAACCUCAACCUGCCUCUCUCGCACUGGACAUUUCUGAUCCCCAGCCCCAUGGGACCCCUACAAUUAACACAUACCACUACUUUCCCAGCUACACAUUCCUUUGUCUCAUGCCCUUCUGUACACUUCUCACACCUAACCUCCCUCCUACACACUGCUGCCACAUGCCCAUAAGCUUGACACCUGUAACAACGUAAUGUAUUCGGCACAAAAACUCGUACGGGAUAACUUAUAUAUCCUAACAUCACUUCGUCGGGCAAGAGCUCAACAUCAAAACUUAAAAGGACAAUGUCUCUUCUGUUUCACCACACACGCCAUCCUGUCUGCGUCGCACCAAACGAAGAGCAUCACAAACACAGGGAAUCUUCCCCUUCAGUUGGUUAACUUUCACAUUUACCGCUACCCUAGUAAUCACUCCUUUCAAUGGCGCCCUUUUCUUGAGAGCAAAACAAUUCACAUCUUGUCCCCAUUCGUUUAACGCGGAGCGCCUGCUCACUCUGACCAACAGAAACACUUAUCACCAGACCACUUCUGGUUAUCUUCACCGAUUCCACAGCACCCAACUCUGGGGGCAAGGGCGCCGGAGAAGAUGGCUGCCGUUUUACAGCCCUCUAACCAAUUGUACUAGUAUGUGUGUUUUUCUGCGUUAUUUGUAAUUUAUUUGGUACAUAAUGUUUCUGCCAUCGUCUCUUAUAACCAAAAAGAGCUUCUGGAUAUCAGGACAGCGAUUACUCACCUCGUAUUGGACGAAUACUUUUUCUUCAACGAGGCGGCCGCGAAGGAUAUCCUACAGACACCCGACAAGGCCCAAAUCCCCGUCAUUCGCAUGAGGAAGAGACAGAGAUAUUGUGGACGUAGGUCGGGGUGCCUUGUAAGGAUCCAACGGCGAGCGAGUAAACUGCCGCUCCCAUCAAUCCUAUUAGACAAUCUUCAAUCAUUGGAAAAUAAAUUGGAUGACAUAAGAUUACGGUUAUCCUACCAACGGGACAUUAAAAACUGUAAUAUCUUAUGUUUCACCGAGUCGUGGCUGAACGACAACAUGGAUAACAUACAGCUAGCGGGCUAUACGCUACAUCGGCAGGAUAGAAUGGCUGACUCCGGUAAGACAAGGGGUGGCGGUCUGUGUAUAUUUGUAAACAACAGCUGGUGCACAAAAUCAAAUACUAAGGAAGUCUCAAGGUUUUGCUCGCCUGAGGUAAGUAUCUUAUGAUAAGCUGUAGACCACACUAUUUACCAAGAGAGUUUUCAUCUAUAUUUUUCAUAGCUGUCUAUUUACCACCACAAACCAAUGCUGGCAUUAAGAUUGCACUGAAUGAGCUGUAUAAGGCCAUAAGUCAACAGGAAAACGCUCAUCCAGAGGCAGCGCUCCUAGUGGCCGGGGACUUUAAUGCAGGGAAACUUAAAUCCGUUCUACCUAAUUUCUACCAGCAUGAUAAAUGUGCAAGCAGAGGAAAAAAAACUCUAGACCACCUUUACUCCACACACAGAGACGCAUACAAAGCUCUCCCUCGCCCUCCAUUUGGCAAAUCUGACCAUAACUCUAUCCUCCUGAUUCCUGCUUAUAAGCAAAAACUAAAGCAGGAAACACCAGUGACUCUGUUAAUAAAAAAGUGGUCAGAUGACGCAGAUGCUAAGCUACAGGACUGUUUUGCUAGCACAGACUGGAACAUGUUCCGGGAUUCUUCAGAUAGCAUUGAGAAGUACACCACAUCAGUCACUGGCUUCAUCAAUAAGUGCAUCGAUGAUGUCGUCCCCACAGUGACCGUACGUACAUACCCCAACCAGAAGCCAUGGAUUACAGGAAACAUCCGCACUGAGCUAAAGGGUAGAGCUGCCGCUUUCAAGGAGCGGGACUCUAACCCGGACGCUUAUAAGAAAUCCCGCUAUGCCCUCUGACGAACCAUCAAACAGGCAAAGAGUCAAUACAGGACUAAGAUUGAAUCGUACUACACCGGCUCUGACGCUCGUCGGAUGUGGCAGGGCUUGAAAACUAUUACAGACUACAAAGGGAAGCACAGCCGCGAGCUUCCCAGUGACACAAGCCUACCAGACGAGCUAAACCACUUCUAUGCUCGCUUCGAGGCAAGCAACACUGAAGCAUGCAUGAGAGCACCAGCUGUUCCAGAUGACUAUGUGAUCACGCUCUCCGUAGCCGAUAUGAGUAAGACUUUUAAGCAGGUCAACAUUCACAAGGCAGGGCCAGACGGAUUACCAGGACGUGUACUCCGAGCAUGUGCUGACCAACUGGCAAGUGUCUUCACUGAUAUUUUCAACAUGUCCCUGACUGAGUCUGUAAUACCAACAUGUUUCAAGCAGACCACCAUAGUCCCCGUGCCCAAGGACACUAAGAUAACCUGCCUAAAUGACUACCGACCCGUAGCACUGACGUCUGUAGCCAUGAAGUGCUUUGAAAGGCUGGUCAUGGCUCACAUCAACACCAUUAUCCCAGAAACCCUAGACCCACUCCAAUUUGCAUACCGCUCCAACAGAUCCACAGAUGAUGCAAUCUCUAUUGCACUCCACACUGCCCUUUCCCACCUGGACAAGAGGAGCUCCUACGUGAGAAUGCUAUUCAUUGACUACAGCUCAGCAUUCAACACCAUAGUGCCCUCAAAGCUCAUCACUAAGCUAAGGAUCCUGGGACUAAACACCUCACUCUGCAACUGGAUCCUGGACUUCCUGACGGGCCGCCCCCAGGUGGUAAGGGUAGGUAACAACACAUCUGCCACACUGAUCCUCAACACGGGGGCCCCUCAGGGGUGCGUGCUCAGUCCCCUCUUGUACUCCCUGUUCACCCAUGACUGCAUGGCCAGGCACGACUCCAACACCAUCAUUAAGUUUGCCGACGACACAACAGUGGUAGGCCUGAUCACCCACAACGAUGAGACAGCCUAUAGGGAGGAGGUCAGAGACCUGGCCGUGUGGUGCCACGAUAACAACCUCUCCCUCAACGUGACCAAGACAAAGGAGAUGAUUGUGGACUACAGGAAAAAAAAGAGGACUGAGCACGCCCCCAUUCUCAUCGACAGGGCUGUAGUGGAACAGGUUGAGAGCUUCAAGUUCCUUGGUGUCCACAUCACCAACGAACUAUCAUGGUCCAAACACACCAAGACAGUCGUGAAGAGGGCACGACAAAGCCUAUUCCCCCUCAGGAGACUGAAAAGAUUCGGCAUGGGUCCUCAGAUCCUCAAAAAAUUCUACAGCUGCACCAUCGAGAGCAUCCUGACUGGUUGCAUCACCGCCUGGUAUGGCAACUGCUUGGCCUCCGACCGCAAGGAACUACAGAGGGUAGUGCGUACGGCCCAGUAUAUCACUGGGGCCAAGCUUCCUGCCAUCCAGGACCUCUAUACCAGGCGGUGUCAGAGGAAGGCCCUCAAAAUUGUCAAAGACUCCAGCCACCCUAGUCAUAGACUGUUCUCUCUGCUACCGCACGGCAAGCGGUACCGGAGUGCCAAGUCUAGGUCCAAAAGACUUCUCAACAGCUUCUACCCCCAUUCCAUAAGACUCCUGAACAGCUAAUCAUGGCUACCCGGACUAUUUGCACUGCCCCCCCACCCCAUCUUUUUACGCUGCUGCUACUCUGUUAAUGAUUUAUGCAUAGUCACUUUAACUCUACCCACAUGUACAUAUUACUUCAACUACCUCUACUAGCCGGUGCCCCCGCACAUUGACUCUGCACCGGUACCCCCCUGUAUAUAUAGCCUCCCUACUGUUAUUUUAUUUAACUUCUGCUUUUUUUUUCUGAACACUUUUUUGUUGUUUUAUUUUACUUUUUUAUGAAAAAUAAAUGCACUGUUGGUUAAGGGCUGUAAGUAAGCAUUUCACUGUAAUGUCUGCACCUGUUGUAUUCGGCGCAUGUGGCCAAUACAAUUUGAUUUGAUUUGAUUUUUCACCCACCCUGAAACCACAAAUGGAUCAGCCAAAAGGCAAGGGUCCACUUUUUCCAAACAUUUCACUCCUACCAGACUCAUCUUUAUCCUGACCCUCGGUGCAAGCCUCUGGCUCCGAGAACUUCACCACACCUACCCCCUCCGAUACUUCGCCCUCACUCACUUCCAUUUCUCCUCCUGUCUUCGAUCCGGUGUUCAGCUCACUCUGCUUACACUUUCUACCAUUCUUCUUUAACAAACAAUCUCCCUUUUCCCUUCUAUUUUUAACUGAUUCAAGCUCACCCUCUUCCCCCCUCUCCCUCUUAGACCUCUUGCCUCUCUUUUCCCCUCCAUUCCUCCUCUGUAUUCCAAGUAUACGUCUCCUUAUGAUAAUACUGCACUUCUCCUGACAUACAUCUUGUUCUUGCCCUCUCAAGGGACGCCAUUUUCCUUACGGUCUAUCACUAACCACGUUUCCAUCCACAUUUUUUAUGCCAGUAAAGUCAUACCAUAUUUAAAAAAUCACGACAGCCGUGAUGGAAACAGGAAGUUUCGUUACAAUUGUAUAAAUGCCGACAGAUAAUUUGUUUGUUCGACAUGGUGGGAUCUUUUUUUGCGAGAAAUUGCGGUGGAAACUCCUUUAUGCGCAAAUAGUGAUAUAAUAGCCAUCAUAUUGAAGUAAUCUUGGAGUGUGUGUGGUCCUCCCACUACGACUCGGGAAACCAUGCAGUUUAUUAGGCUACAGAUGAAAUAAUUUAUGAACUUCAGAGGGUGGUGAAAGUACCUGGUGAUUAUGAUGCUCCUUUGCAAUAAAUAUCGAGGGUCUUAUUCUGGUGACAUGAUGGUCGACGCUUGACUGCUGUUUGACAAAUAAAAAUAUUCUUGCUGUCAUCCAUAAUAAUCUCAUCAUGUAGACUAGCCUACCCAAGCACAGCCUACCCGCAUAGCCACAUGAAGUAGGGGUGCUGUGUGUGUAUAUGAAUAUAAGUAGUGCACUGGGCCUUUACUAGUCCUGUAUUAGCGACCGAUAUCGCCGUUUGUAGAGCGGGCAAUACAUUUAUUUUUUAUUUUUGUAAAAUGGCAGCCAAGCAUCGAUUAUCCUUUGGCCUCUGCAUGUCUCCGAAGGCUCCGCAAUUGCGUCACACCCUCCAUACGGAGCCUCCGUCCACAUUUUUGGAUCAAGCAUAAAUUGGCUUAGGGUAGGGAUGUCCCAAGGAUCCCGGAUAGCACUGACCUUAAAACAAACAGGGCCAAUUCCAUAAAACGGAACAAAAGUGUUUCACUAUCUAUGGUAUGCAUCAAAAAGGAUUUGGUGUCUGCCAGGUCAGUUUGUUUGUUCUUGAGACCAAAUCUCUUGACUACUGAGCUGAUCACAAGGCUGUCUGACUGAAAGUGAAACUGAUGGCCAUCUGGUCUCUCUGGGCUGGUCUAUUUUAGGCCUCUAUUUUGAAGUGUCCAGAGGCCUGGAUUUGUAAAGGUCAGUGUAGUCUACUUUCUGGCAUCAGACGCAGCAUAAGACACACAGUAUUUCCACUGUUGGAGGUGAAGAAGAGUCCAUCCAACAUGCAUUUCACAGUGUCCUGCAAGGUCAUGUGAGCCAUGGACAAUCAAGCAUAUGACUUUGAAAUCAAUGAAAUAAUUGGCUAUAUCAAAUUACAACUAGAUAGUUACAUGGUGGUGGGUCUGACACAUUUUUUAUUGUGAUUUGUUCUUCUAGAUAAGAGUGAGGAGGUGGUAGAGUAUCUUCUAGAUAAGAGUGAAGAGGUGGUAGACUAUGCCAAGAAACAGAGAUGGUGGAACAAAAUAUUUGGCAAGAACUCUGGGCCAGUAGCAGAGAAGUAUGAUGUUGCCACGCAGCUUGCCAUUGGUGGAGUGUCUGGCUGGUGAGUCAAUCAGUCCUGAUUGUGUAAUAUGAGUAAAUAAACGGAAAAGCCAUGUGAAUCUGCUGCGGUGUUCUACAAUUUAACCAGUUAUAUGACUUGGCAGGUCUCUGUUUGACAGCUGUUUUUCCUCUUAGGUGUGCUGGGUAUUUGUUCCAGAAAGUUGGGAAGCUGGCGGCUUCAGCAGUGGGUGGAGGCUUCUUUUUGCUUCAGGUAGGGCGUGACUUCUAAUGCUCUGCAUCAGUUUAUUUUGUUUUGUGUUUGAAAAUCCAUAGUUCUAAACAACACCUGGCCAACUUAUUUACCUACAUUUAACACAUAUUUGACACUCAUGUUUCACAUUAGGACACAUGGAAGUGUGUUAUGGCACAACCCCAGACACAUUGCCAUUAUUGGCGGGUGUGAUUCAUUUCCUUCUAGAUUGCCAAUCACACAGGAUACAUCAAAGUGGACUGGAAGAGAGUGGAGCGGGAUGUAAACAAGGCCAAGAAGCAGCUGAAGUUGAAUACAGAAAAGCCCAGUAAGGAAGUCAGGACAAAAGUGGAUGAGGUAAGGGGUCAUCAUGGUCUACUAUAAAAUGGUGGAUGUUUCCUAUCUGAUUCAUGUCUUAUGAUCUUUUUGGUGUUGUGAUUCUAUCGUUUCAAAUAUGAUGUUGAAGCUAUCCACACCUUUUUACUCCAGAGUAUAAAAGAGAACAAUGUCAAAGAUAUGGAAGCCCGUUCCUAUGUAUCGAAUGGUAGCGGGAUGAACAGGCUGUGGCUCGGGUGGUUGAUAUCCUUGAUUAUCUUUUUGGCCUUCCUGUGACAUCUGGUGCUGUAGGUGUCCUGGAGGGCAGACAGUGUGCCCCCGGUGAUGCGUUGGGCAGACCGCACCACCCUCUGGAGAGCCCUGCGGUUGCGGACAGUGCAGUUGCCGUACCAGGCGGCGAUACAGCCCGACAGAAUGCUCCCAAUUGUGCAUCUGUAAAAGUUUGUGAGGGUCUUAGGGGCCAAGCCAAAUUUAUUCAGCCUCCUGAGGUUGACGAGGCGCUGUUGUGCCUUCUUCACCACACUGUCUGUGUGGGUGGACCAUUUCAGAUUGUCUUUAAACGCUAAGGAACUUCUCCACUUCGGUCCCGUCGAUGUGGAUAGGGGCGUGCUCCCUCCUGUUUCCUGAAGUCCACGAUCAGCUCCUUUGUUUUGUUGACGUUGAGUGAGAGGUUAUUUUCCUGGCACCACUCUGCCAGGGCCCUCACCUCCUCCCUGUAGGCUGUCUUGUCAUUGUUGGUAAUCAAGCCUACUACUGUUGUGUCGUCUGCAAAUUUGAUGAUUGAGUUGGAGGCGUGCUUGGCCACGCAGUCAUGGGUGAACAGGGAGUACAGGAGGGGGCUGAGCACGCACCCUUGUGGGGCCCCAGUGUUGAGGAUCAGCGAAGUGGAGAUGUUGUUUCCUACCUUCACCACCUGGGGGCGGCCCGUCAGGAAGUCCAGGACCCAGUUGCACAGAGCGGGGUUCAGACCCAGGGCCGCGAGCUUAAUGAUGAGUUUGGAGCGUACUAUGGUGUUGAAUGCUGAGCUAUAGUCUUGAUACCAUUUGAAAGGAAACACUUUGAUGUUUUUGGAAAUGUGAAAUUAAUGUAGGAGAAUAUAACACAUUAGAUCUGGUAAAAUAUAUAAUACAAACAAAAAAACAUGCGUUUUCUUUUUUUUUUUGUUCCAUCAUGUUUUAUGAAAAAAUGUAUGCCCUCACUAACUGUAAGUCGCUCUGGAUAAGAGCGUCUGCUAAAUGACUAAAAUGUAAAUGUGUAUAAUGGCACAAUCAUAACUUUAAUAAUGUUUUUUUUUUCCGGGCUUGGCCUCAUAAGCUCAUAAAGAACGGGCUUCCAUACUAUGAACAAUGCUUAUCAAUACUCUGCACAACUUAACCAUGCAUUGGUGUUUUUUUAUAUAUUUUUUUCAGGUGCAGACAUUUGUGAAGAAGAAUAUUGUCCUCACAGGAGGUUUUGCUGGGGGAUUUCUGCUGGGCUUGGCCUCCUAAGUCUACUAAUUGAAUCUGUCUUUAUUUAAUAUUGUGUCAAAUACAAGGCUGAAAAAAGCUUAAACCUAAGCAGCUAUCUAGAUAUGCAAGUAGACUACAUAUCAAUUAUAUCAUAUGUCAAACUGUAACUCAUAGCCUUGAUGUGUGUUUUUGGGCUUAUGGGCAUGUGUCCAUUUGAAAACAGCCAUUUAAAAUACUAUGUUUGUAGUUGAGGCUUAUGCAUGACCUGUGCACAUUUGGUAGGAGCAUUGUCUUACUAGUUAAUUUAUUAUGACAUUUUCCUAUGCAUUAUUUUGGUAUGGGACAGUACUUAUUUGAGAGAUGGUUUGAAAUCCACCAAAAUAGGUUU